CAGAUGUUUGGGGGGAGGCUGGGCCACCCCGCCCCUGUGCUCUGCAAAGCAGGAAGCUUUUCCCCCAGCUGCAGGGUGUCAAGCUGCCCUUGGCUGGCCGGGAGGCAGUGGGUGCAAGCGAGGGUGCUGGUGCAUUAGCAGAGGGUUUUCUCCCUUGCUGUCGGGGGCUCUGCCAGGCUGGCUGAGUGCUGCGGUCUGGCACUCGCACAGAGCAGAGCAGCUUUCGCUUUCCCUCUGCCCCGGCUGCUUGGAUGUGACGGUUCCAAGGUGCUGCUCCCCCAGGGCUGGAAAUCUGCUCCCAGACUUGCAAGCCCAGCCUGAACUCCCUGGCUCUUUGGAUGGAAAAGCAGAGGAUGCUCAGGGCGCAGGAGCCCGGCUCUAGCCCGGCCAGCGGGCUGAGGGAUCUGGUAGGGAACAGGAAAUUGAUGGUCUGUGGAGCCCUGUUAGCCUGGCUAUUAGUCGUCCACUUACUGGUUAACAUCUGGCUGCUUUGCAUCCUCUCGGGUUUGCUGGCAGUGUUGGGGGGAUGGCUGGGAUCCCAGGCCGUCCUCGGCACCCGCAGCCGGCUCCACUUGGAGCGGUUCGUCCUGCUGGAGACCUGCCCCCGGAGCCCCGAGGCGGAGAGGCAGCUGGAGGAGGAAAUCGAGCGCAUGAUCCAGAAGAUCGUCCGGGACUUCGUGUCCUCGUGGUACCGGACGGUGAGCAGCGAGCGAGCCUUUGAGGACGAGGUGAGGAAGGCCAUGUCUGGCCUGGCCCUGGAGCUCCGCAGGAGGAUGGCCCAGGUGGACAAGCAAGCCCUGGUUCAGAAGAUUCUCACGCUGUGGGGUUGCCACCUGCAGAGCUACAUGAAGGCGAAGGAGCACGUGGGGGCUGCCCGGAGCCCUGUGGAAGCAGCUCAGCUGGCGGAGCAGCUCUGGCGAGCGUACGGCGAGCUCUCUGCCCCGCACCCAGCCCUCCAGAGCCCGGCCAUGGAAGUGAACUACGCCCGGAGCAUCGUGGACCUGUUGCUGCGGGUGCUAGUGCCCAAGCCUCACCUGGAAACCAGGACCGGGCGCUUUGUGGUGGGGGAGCUGGUCACCUGCAACGUUCUCCUGCCCAUGGUCAAGAAGAUGUCUGACCCUGACUGGGUCAACCUGUUGCUAAUCGGGAUUUUCUCCAAGAUGGGCAGCAAAGGGGUGAGAAGGGGAAAGGGGGAGGAGCCUCCGUUGGCCACCUCCCCCUGCCAGCCCACAGUGCCAAAUUCUUUGCCACUGAAAGUCGAGGUACUGUCCCCAAGCCUUUCCGAGCCGCCCUGUUACGACGAGGUGGACGGGCUGGAGCGUAGCCCCCAGGAGGGGGACGAGGGGAAGGAGUCGACGGGCGGAGAGGCUGGGGCUGACACUGACAGGAGGAAAGCCAGAAGCACGCCCGUGCACUUCCCCCAGCUAGAGGCCCUGGGCUCCCUCUUCCCGUGCGAGGACUCGGAGGUGGAGUCCCCCUUGUCUGACCUGGGCAAGGACUCCGAUUCCGUGGCACUCCUGUCCACGGAGGAAUUCCUCACUGACCCGUUUGCAGUCCUGGAGGGGCUGGAGGGCUUGGAGCAAGAGGAUGGUGUGUGUGCCAAGGAUGGGUACCUGGAGGACAGCACCGCCCGCAGCUCUCUCCCCUCCGUGUUGGGCCACUGCCCUGACGUACAAAUCGACCCCGCGGUGGAGAGGGAGGAGAGCUUGUCCUCUGUCCCCUUCCUGCUGGUCAAUCCUGAGACGUCUUCCUCGAGGAGACCUUCCUUCCUGGAGAACCCAGCCAAGAGCCCCCAGGACCUGUGCCAGCUGCCUCUCCCGCUCCUCUCCCCCCAUACCUUCAGCUUUGAGCCACUCACUAGCCCGGACAGCCCCGUCGUCGUCCAGAACCUGCGGAUAACCGGAACCAUCACUGCCCGGGAGCACACCGGGACCGGCUUCCACCCCUACACGCUCUACACAGUCAAGUAUGAGACAGCGCUGGAGAGUGAGAACGCCAGCAGCCUCCAGCAAGUGGCCUACCACACCGUGAACCGGCGCUACCGCGAGUUUCUGAACCUGCAGACCAGGCUGGAGGAGAAACCCGAGCUGCGGAAAUUCAUAAAAAAUGUCAAAGGCCCAAAGAAGCUUUUCCCGGAUCUCCCCUUUGGGAACAUGGACAGUGAUAAGGUGGAAGCCAGAAAAGGUCUCCUGGAAUCGUUCUUGAAGCAACUGUGCAGCAUCCCUGAGACUGCCAACAGUGAGGAGGUGCAGGAGUUCCUCGCCCUGAACACGGACGCCAGGAUCGCAUUUGUCAAGAAACCCUUUGUGGUCUCCAGAAUAGACAAGAUCGUGGUCAACGCCAUCGUGGACACCUUGAAGACGGCGUUCCCCAGGUCGGAGCCGCAGAGCCCCACAGACGAGCUGAGCGAGGUGGAGGCGGAUGGGAAAUCCCAGACGGAUGGGAAGAAGGCUAAUAAGCCCAGGCUGCGGUUCCCAUCCAGUAAAAUCGCUCCGGUGCUGAGCGUGGCCGAAGCACAUGAGAGGAUCCUGUACGGGCUGAGGGAGGGCAGCGCUGUCUCUGGCGCCGGGUCCCUGCCCGGGAUGGGGUCCUUCCUUCAGAAGCAGGAGAAGCUGCUGGAGGCGUCCUCCGGUGAGGCCCCGGAAAACCAGGGGGCUGGCUCCAUGCCCGUUCCACUGCAGGCCGUGAGCCAGAAAGACGACACUGGUUCUGAGACGCCCCUGGCAGACACGGCCCUGGACCUGCUGCAUCUGCUGAUGGUGGAUCACUGGAGCUGGCUCUGCACUGAGAACAUGCAGAAGGUGCUGCACCUGCUCUUCGGGUCCCUGAUCCAAAGAUGGCUGGAAGUUCAGGUGGCUAACCUGACCUGCACCCAGCGCUGGGUCCAAUACCUACGACUGCUGCAGGAAUCCAUAUGGCCCGGGGGAGUCUUACCGGCGGUGCCUAAACCUGUUAGGACACAGGCGCAGAAGGAGGCAGCGGCACAGCAGGCCUUGCAAAGCUUGAUGGGAAUCCUUCCUGAUUUAAUUCUGGAAAUCCUUGGAACAAGCAGAUGUCAGUUGCGCUGGAACCUGGUGCUGGAAUCACUACAACAACCCAUCAUAAACAGGCACUUGGUUUAUCGCCUCUCGGAUGUCCUGCUGGAGUUUUUGAUACUUAACAACUCGGGGGAGGACCCCAGAACAGCAGCUGUAGCUUCAUCUGUCUCCAACAGCUUCCAGACCACAGGCACGUCCCCGGGUUAAGCAGUGCCGCGGUUGCCCACAGCACAGGAGAACGGGCAACAGAGAAAAGUGAAGAACUGCCAGGCAUCCGGCGAUUGGCAUUCAGUGUUUUCUGGGCAGGCCUAGGAGUUUCUUAAUCAACUCCCCAGCUGGUCUGAUGUGAGGCUUCUUCCAGGCUUCUCCUAGUUGGCGGGGCGACUGACUGUACCCAGUGAGGGCAAGGGCAGAUGUCUGUGUGUAACACAAGUGCCCGUUCCAUAACUCACGUGCUGGAGAGCAAGGAGCUCAUGGCGGGAAAGCGCCAGAUCUCUCUUGGGGCAAGCGGGCUGCUAAGUGAGACCAGGCCAGCCACAAAACCCACUCGGAAGUAAUGUCACGCCCUGCCCUCUUCCGUCUGCAUUGCCCUCUCCCGGAGUGGUCAGGGUGGCAUGUGGAAGGCUUCGGGCUCUGGCAAUGAUGUGCGGAGAUGUGGCCCCAGGACGUGGUGUCACAAGAACGCCCAUCGACUCCCACACCAUCCAGGGCAACGAGAAGAAGGAUCCAGCCUUUAUUCCUCGGGAAUGAAUUCACCCCUUAGGACUCUGAGCCCCAUGCAGCCUUCACCCAAUGAGGAGCUGCCUGACCUUCUCAGAUUCUGUGAGUGGUGAUGUCCCCGUUUCACCUCCGUUCCUCCCAAGGAUGAGAUGGGGACAUCCCCGGGGAGAGUUCCUGCCUCUGGUGCUGUCCUUCCUGUCUCCAGGCAUGUUCCCCCUGGUCUCCUUCCUCUGCCCAUCGCUCACUCUGCCCAUUUGUCUGCCCAGCGUGAAGCAAGAGGGAAGAACUCUGCCUCCCCGAAUGACGGAGUGGAACCUCCUCCAUGGCCCCAAGUCGGCAUCAUGAGCAACCAUCCACAUUUCUGGGAACUUCAAAGCGCCGGGUGACUAGCAGAAGCCCAUGCCCUCCUCAGCAGUAGGGGAAGCAGCCUCCCACCAUCGCAACUCCAAGAUCAUCUUGGUUUGAGAUUCCUUGCUGCCCAGGGUGAGGAGAGGAAUCUGGGGUGAAACAGAAAUGCAGAGCCCCCUCCCCCCACGUCAUGUGCCCCUGCAGGGAAAAUGGAAAAUUAUGGGGCAAUGGCUCAUCCACCCCAUGUCAUCGAGUAAGUGUGGGGGGAAGGGAGGGGAAGGUCCCUGGGUUACAAUGGCCGGGCUCUAUGGAGAAAAGGAACCAACCCAUAUGAGGCCCACGGGCAAUACGCUAGUUGCUAUCACCAUACACUGCCUCUUGCUGCGAGUCCUUGGAGAUGCCUCACCUCACCGUGCGAUGAUGCAUGGGAGGUGAUUAAAGGAGGCAGCGAGUACAGGGGCAUGUCCUUCUGUGUCUGCAAAAGGAACUCACUCCACGGGCCCACUGUGGUGAAUGGGAACUUGAAUAAUUCAUGAAAACCUGCCCUCAGGUAAUGUCAGAGUUCAAGGCAGGAUGGUUGAAUGCUCUGGAUAGGUGAGAACCCUAGGACUGCAAAUCUCCUCCACCCCUCCAUCUCUGCCCUGGCUUGCCAUGUGUCUGUGAGCAAGUCACUUUAACCUGUUUGUGCCUCAGUUUCCCUAGCUGUAAAAAGGGGUGUUAUUAGUGUUGCUCUGUUGUUUGCACAGUGCUUUAGAAAGAGGGGAUGUUAUAGAAGCAACACAAGGUGAUUAUAUAUAAUCUCCCAUCACUGUAUGAUGCUCCGGGUGACGAUCUCUACAUACCAAAGGCUUAUGGUGCCCAGCUGUUGAACUAACUUUACAAAGGUGAGCGGGGAGUAUAGGCAUCAGCAAAAGUAUUGUCGUUUCCUUCAGCCCAUGGGCCAUGUUUCAUCAGGUCACGAGCCGCAGUCUGGCUGGCAUUGGACUUUGCCAUCCAAGGGGACCCUGCCUCCUGUGAGUCUCUGCAGUCUAAAACAGUGAGUGGGAGAGAGUUGGCAUGAGAGAUGCCUGCAAGGUCCUGGCCAUCAUUUGCAUUCUGCACAACACCCCAAUGUGAUUCCUUUGCAUGUGCCACACUCAAGCCUCCAGGCACAAAAAGAGAAAUGUAUUAGCCGGCCACACUGGCCUGCUGUUCCCUAAUCAUUGUGCUGGACUCGGGUGCACAGGGUUUUCAUUGGAGAGGACGUGUAGCCAGAGGGGUAGGCAUCUGGCCACGAAGACACAGACCCUGCUCUUCCCAGAGGGAGACAGCCACCAUGUGGGUAUCAACUCUGGUGUGUGUUGCCUACAAGGAUGUGAAAGGUAGAGAUGCCAAGGAUGGGGGCUAUUUAGGAUGGCCUGGGGGAGUCUACAAGCAAAGAGGGAUCAGAUGAAAUUGAGCAAAGGGAAAUUUUAGGCUGCCUGCGUGUGAAGCCUUCCUAACAGUGCCAUGAUCCGUUAGGGGAAGGACUAGCCUCCCAAGUGGAAAGGGAUACAGGCCAUUGGGUGAGUCAUUUCAAGAGUGAAUCUGAGCAAAGAAUUGGAGAACAUACUAUAGAGGAUAGUCCCUCCCUGGUGGCAGAACACGUGGUAUGGAAGUCGGGACCCCGUAGGUCUUCCCAGCUUCACUUUCCUUUAUUCAUUCUUAGGGAACAGGUUGACCUUCAGCGUCCCACUUUGCUCCUUCCUCCUGACUCGCAGGCUUGCUGUUUUGCUCCCCUUGCCCAGUAUUUGAGUUUACGGCAUGCCCUGACCUGCCUCGCCCGAAAGAAGCCUAGGAGAGGCACGAAGAGACAAGGCCAGUCUCUGAAAGAACAUUACCGAGCCCUGGCUGGUUUUCUUGGGCUGCUGCGUGGUCAUGAGCUCGUGAUUUUGGAUGUCCCAACUUGUACCCAACGUCAACCGGAAAUGCCAAAAUAAAAAGGCUGCUUUGUGAGAAGGUGGGCGAGCCCCUCGCCUAUAAAUCAGACCGUGCAGUGUCACAGAGAAGGCGGGGGAGAGGGGUAUUUUUGCAAUCCUUAAAGCCACUUUUGUACGUUGGAGGAAAUAGGAUUGGGAAGCAGAGAGGCUGAGACUCGGGUUCAGAUAUCUUGCCUUGAUCUCUGACAUUAUUUGAGGGCAGGUGUGGAUGAAUGAAUCAGUUCCCAUUCAUCAUACUGGGCUUGGGGAGUGAGUUCCUCUUGCAGACUCUGCAGGACAUAGCCAGAGCCCUGGUGCUGCAGUGGGAGGCGUGUCAAGCGUACACGCUGCUGCUUGUGCUGUGCUGUGUUGUCCCUUUUGUCCACAGAGCUGAGAGAACUUUGCAGACUUCACUGCAUGCUGCUCCGGAGCUCCCCUGCGUUAUUUGCUCCUGGCUGACACGUGGUGGAAUGAGGCACAGAGCGGUGAUGUGACUUGCCCACAUUCACAGGGGUAGAAGUAGGAAGAGAAAGCCUGUUGCUGGCUUACUCUGAAAGCCCCAGCUUGUCUGCUGCCAUUGCCCAGCACACGUUGUCAUAGGCGUGCGCAGCACAUUUCAUUAGGGUGUGCACCCAGGGAGGUUUUUUUUUAAGGUGAACAUUUAUUGAAUACUCAGUCAUAAAGGACAUUAUUUUAUUCAUCAAACAAACUAAAACUUAACUAAACUUUAAUUUUUUUUUAAAUUAACAACUAAGCUUUACAUAAAAGAGCAUAUCAUGUGAUUACAUUAAAACGCAAAGCCAUUUUUUUUGAGACAUUAGGUUGUGUCUGGGCACACCCCCUGCACAUGCCUAUGCGCAUCGUAUUAAGAUCAAGCUUCUCUUAGGGUUUCUGUCCUUUGCACAGGCCACUUGGUCCGAGUUUGCAAAUGAAAAGGGGAAAAAGUGCCGAGGAAAAAGUGUUCCGUGGGUUUGAGUUAACAAUGUAUCUCCUCUUAUCCCUCACAGAAAAUCCCUCUUUAGCAAGAAUCCAGCUGCCUCCUCCUCGCUACACCACACUCCGCAAACUCAUUUUACUGGCAGGAAUUCAGGGGCUUGUCACAGCCUGUUAAUAAGGGGGCAUUUGCAGGAACAGGAGAACAGCAAGGAAAUCUUCAAUAUUUUGGGAUUCAUAAGCAAAAGCUCCGCAGUUACCCAUCCCUACCCAAGGUACAGAACAGAGCAUGGCUCAGAUGUGACAAGCCCUGUGCUACUUUUGUGGAGGAGCCUUAAGCACUGCGUGAGCUGUCAUGUGGAAGAAACAAAAAUAAAUAGUGACCACCCCGUUUUGGGUGUGGCCAACUUUCCCAUGGUCCCAGAAAGUUUGUUUACAGCUCCCAGUUCUGGUUCUCAGGGUUCUGGGCUGUUCUUUAGCUCCAGCUUAGCCCUAACUGUCUCCUAAGAGCCUAGUAAGCAGUGGAAGUGUUGGCGAUGCUGCCAGACAAUAUUGACCUCCCUUGAUCAGACAAAUUCUCUGGUUCGGCACCAGUCAGGUCCCGAGGGAACUGGACUAGAGAGGUUCAGCUUGUACCACAAGAGAGACAUUGUGCUCCAGCAGACAGGGCAUGACCCUGCCGGACUGGAGGCUUCAGUUCUAUUCCGAGAUCGACAGCUCCCAUAUUUGGUGACUUUGGGCAAGUCAUUUCACGUCUAUGUGCUUCUUUCCACACCUGCCAUUUGCAGCAGGGACUGUGUAUAUAGAGUACACAACAGGGCCCUGAUCUUUGUUGGGGCUUCUAAACUCUACCACAGCCCAAAUAAUAACAACAACCCCCUAUAACAGCGGCAGAAUUGUAAUGGUGCACCAACUCCCUAUGUUUUCACUUGGGGACAAAACCAGACACCAAUUCUGUGAGGACUUACUUGUGUAUGAUAAUACUGUGCAUAACAACACCUGUACAUAGCAAUGUAGACAAAUAGUGUACCAAAAUACCUGUGAAGUGUGCUCUUGUCAUGUGUAUAUAAUACUCUACCUAAAAAUGCAAACAUGCUUGUGGAUUUUAAAUG